UGUGUACACAGUGUCACUCAGCUCCCAUGCCCUCUGACCGGCAUCAUGCACAUUUUGUCAUCCUGCUCUAUGUGUAUAUGAGAGAUGCAGAACAAGCAGAUAUCACAUCACCUUGCUCAUCGCAUGCACACCUGUACAGAACAGGUGUAUUGGGAUUCUCACCUGCUUCUGCAUGAGUAUGAUUAAUCUACUGUGCUUCCUAAUGGCCAAAUUGCAACAUUUCCCAAAAUAGAUCUAGCCCCUGACAUGUUAUGUGUUUCUCUUCCAAGGUCAGGUGAGCCAACAUUUCUAUGAGGGACGUCCUCAUUUCUAUGAGGGACGUCACAGGCUGAAUACUUUGUGUCGCUUCCCUUCCUUUAAAAAGUGAACAGAGCUUCCACAUUGAAUGACUCUAAGGGAGUGUGACCAGAGAACAUCAGAGGGCAGUGUGUACUUAGAGUGCAGUGUAUCUCUCUCUGCCUCUCCUAACGGCUCAGAAUUCCAUCACAUCACAUCUCAGCAGGUAUUGUGUAACUGGAAGCAAUAAGAGAAUCAUUUCUUAACUACUCACAGGUAAGCAUUUAUUUAAUAUGUCUAUGCAAUCACAUAUGGAAAGAAAGCUUUGCUCUAAAAGAAAGGUAUACGUAGUCAUUGUUAAUAGCUGCAUGGUUUUACGCUCCUGUGUGUUCUGAAGAGCUAUCUUUCCAGUUUUAUUUACUAAAACACCUGUUGCUGAAGAGUUUAACUUGAGUGGGGAAAGCUGAACUUGAACGUGUUCUCAGCAGGCUAUAAGCCCCUCCUCUGAGGAUUUCCUAGUUCCAAGGGGAUGUACGUUUAAUGCUAGAUUGGUUAAUUAGAAGCUGCCAUGUAUUAUAAUUGCAAUGAAAAGUUUCUAAAUCUGUUUAUGAUCUGUGAGGAUCAGGACCUGUUAAGUAGGAAUGGAAAAUUUAGGCCGAGAUUAAGACUCCAUGCUUGGAGAGGAGUGAAGGUUUUAUUAAAACUUAAAGGAAGAUUGCAAGACAUUGCUCAUUUAAUAGGCUAUUAUCCAAAGUUAUGCCAAAUAUUAGUUAAUAUGCUAUGGUUGGGGAAAAGUAAAGUUGUUAAUAACAUGGAGGGGAAGCUAAGUGGUAUUUGAAGUAUGAUAUUAUGCUAAAUGACGGCAUGUGACACCAGAAUAUGGACCAACACAUCUGAUCACCCAAGUUUUAUUUGCAUGAUACAGGGUGCAUGGUUGUUGCAAGACAAAUCUGGCUUAACAACUCAAAGAUAGUCUUUUAUUUCCAAGAUGAAGUACGGUAAUAAAAAAAUUAAUGGACUUUUAAGCUUUCUAAUCUAUGAAGUCCUGCUCAGUUUGGAACAAUUUAAUAUUCGAUAUUGACCAGCAUAAAGAAUAAAAACACUUCCUCGAGUGAAUGAAAAUCACUGCUAACUAAUUAACUCAAGUAUCUGUUGACAAUUUUUUAACCAGUUUCAAGUUUCUUGGAGAAAGAGGAACGGGAUCAGGUCCCUGGUAAAACCUCAAAAAAUGCAAAGUUCAGAGGAAGAUUUUAUUUUUUUGUAGCAUGGAUGUUUGAGGAUAGUGGAACAUGUUUGGGUGGGAUACUGGCUGGUGGGUUCAAGGUUCUAUCUGGAGGGUUCUAAGCUCCUUUUGUAUUUGUUAGUCAAAUUUCGUAUUAUCUCUCAGGUAUAUUGUAACCUUGUCUUUUUAAUUGUCUCAUUUUGCACUCAUGGAUAGCACUGUGGAAUGUGUUUGCACUUUAUAAACAAAGUGUAAUGAUAAUAAAGUAGAUAAUGUAGGAAAACCAAGGGAAAGGCGACAAUUAUAUUUUACCAGGAUGUAGCUUCCUAUGAAUUAGUUAGAAAGAGUUAAAAAAAUAUAUGUAAGAACUGCUGUUGACUUAUCCAUCCACAACCACGUGAUUAUGAAGAUAAAAUCACCUGUAAAUAAUUAAAUUGUAAUACAAUAUAUUGUUUUAUGGCAACAGGUUCAACCCAUACAUAAGAUAUUGUUGCCAUUAGCAUCUAGUAUAGAGUUGUUUUGUAAACCUUUUUAGUAUGUUAUCAAACUAAUGAAAGAAAUACAGAUAUACACUAAAAUAUAUAGAAAUAUAUGUAAAAAAUGGACAUCUCCAUAAAGGUCAGGCUAGGCAUAGAAAGAUGAUGGAUGACUAGAAGAUUUAUAAACUUGAUUCAGCACAUCAAUAUGACCAAAACGCCUUCUUUGCUUCUAUCUCUAGACGCAGAAAAAGCGUUUGACAGGAUACAUUGGGGAUAUUUAUGGAGAACAUUAGAUAGGUUCAACAUACCAUCAUCAUUUAUCACAGCAAUUAAGGCGUUAUAUUGCGCACCCUCCGCCCAUGUCUCAGCUUCUGGCUUCACAUCCAAAACUUUUCCCCUAACCAACGGGACGAGACAGGGGUGCCCUUUAUCUCCAAUUUUGUUUGUUUUAGCGAUAGAACCCCUGGCAGAACUGAUUAGGACAACCCCACAAAUUGUAGGAAUUGCGGUUAAAGAAUCCGUUCACAAAAUUGGUUUGUUUGCAGAUGAUAUAAUCCUAGCUAUUAAAAACCCAAAAGAAUCUUUGAGACACCUCAAGGAUAUUUUAACUCAAUUCGGUGAGAUAUCGUAUUACAAAUUAAAUGAGUCCAAAACUCAAGCCCUUCCGUUUCAUUUAAACAAUUUGGAAACCAUUGCCCUUAAGAAAUCAUAUUUAUUUGAUUGGAGAACUGAUUAUAUGGAAUAUCUUGGCAUUAAUUUAUGCAAAAAUUUGGUUAAUAUGCACAAUCACAACCUGAGGAAAGCAUGGUCAGACCUACAAAAAGAGAUGGAGAGAUGGGGUGGGAUGGAGCUUUCAUGGCUGGGGAGGGUCGCAUCUAUUAAAAUGACGAUACUCCCAAAAAUUUUAUAUUUUUUUAGGACCAUUCCUCUGUCCAUUCCAUUAUCAUUUUUUAAUAAAGUUCAUUCGACGAUGUUGAAAUUUAUAUGGGGGAACAAGCCUGCCCGAGUGAGGCUCACUUCCCUGCAGCACCAUAAAUCGAACGGCGGUAUCGGUGUCCCCGAUAUCCGCAAAUAUUAUUUCGCCACUAACGCUGCAGUGGUAGUGAGCUUUAACAACCAGGAUGAUAAACCCAGAUGGAUGGAGAUAGAGGAAUCAAAAAUUUCACCGGUUAGGCUAUUAGAAUUACCUUGGUUAAAUCCCAAGAAAAGACCUGGAAUUACAAAAUUAUUUUUAUCCACCAGGACUACGCUUAAGGCCUGGGACAUUGUUUUUAAAAACGACCAGUCUCCCAGAUUAUAUAGAGCAAUGCCUAUUGAAUUAUUGAAAGAUCAUAUACCAUCCUUAAAAAUAGAAUUAUUAAAGGAUUGCUCUAUAACUAGUCUGGACAAUUUUUUCUAUGGCAAUGCUAUUCUUUCUUUGGAAAAAUUGAAGCUUAAGUAUGGAUUGUCGAAUGCAUGUGAACUGGAAUGUAUGAUAAUCAUUGAUAAAUUGAAAGAACUAUACCAGGUACCUGAAACAGAUAAAAACUAUAAAUCACUUGAGAUAUCUCCUUUAGAGAAAGUUAUUUUAUACAGCCCCGCUAGUAAAGGUAUUAUAUCCUUAUGUUACUUAUCUCAUAAUGCCAAGCCCUUAGUUAAAUUAAAACAUAUGCUGUCAUGGGAGACGGAGUUGGGUGCCCAGUACGAUUUAGUAGAAUGGUUCGGUUUCUUUACAGGUUUGAAAGGCAUUUCGUAUUGCACCGACCAUUUUGAAAAUCAUUAUAAAAUCUUAUAUCGCUGGUACCUGGCUCCGUCUAGAUUACAUAACAUGAACAAUAUGUAUUCUGACCGGUGUUGGAGAGACUGUGGGGGAGUGGGCAAUAUGGCUCAUAUCUGGUGGUUUUGCCCCAAGUUAAUUAAUUAUUGGAAAAUGAUCCACGAUCUGAUUAUUAAAGUGAACGGAACCAUUAGUAUCUUAACCUCGGAACUAGCCUUAUUUAAAAAACUCCCGGAGUCUGUUAAUAGAUCAGAUAAAAUAAUCAUAGGCCACAUUCUGAUCGCUGCUACAUCCUGUUUACCUAGACAUUGGAAGUCUCAAAAUGUGCCAUCUCUCAGAGAAGUUUUUAAUUUGAUUUUAGAAAAUAAGGCACAUGAACUAUCACACAGAGCCAAUAUGCAUGGUUUCCCAAUACUAAAAUACAACUGGGAUAAAUGGGAAGAAAAAAUCAAAACAGUUUAUGGUCUUUGAUAUAUUUAUUGUUAAAGUGCAUUGUUGUAAAACAUUUUUCCUUUUGCCUUAUACUUUAAUAUGUUUAUUUCAUUGAUGGAUGGAUACCCCUUCCCAUUUCCAUGUUACCCCUCCUUUCCUACCCCUAAUACAAUGUUUGUAUUAUUAUCAUUUGUUAUACAAAAAAAAACUUUAAUAAAAAUUAUUUGAAAAGAAAGAUGAUGGAUGGAUGGAUGGAUGGAGAGAGGGAUGGAUGGAGAGAGGAAUAGAUGGAUGGAGGGAUGGAUGAAUGGAGAAAUGGAUGGAUGGAUAGAGAGAGGGAUGGAUGGAUGGAGGGAUAGAUGGAUGGAUGGAGAGAUGGAUGGAUGGAUGGAUGGAUGGAUAAAGCGAGGGAUGGAUGGAUGGAUAGAGAGAGGGAUGGAUGGAGGGAUGGAUGGAGAGAGGGAAGGAUGGAUGGAUAGAGAGAGGGAUGGAUGGAUGAAGAGAGGGAUGGAUGGAUGAAGAGAGGGAGGGAUAAUUAGAUGGAUGGAUGGAUAGAGAGAGGGAUGGAUGGAGAGAGGGAUGGAUGGGUGGAUGGAUUGAGGGAUGGAUGAAGAGAGGGAAGGAUGGAUAGAUAGAGAGAGGGAUGGAUGGAUGAAGAGAGGGAGGGAUAAUUAGAUGGAUGAUAGAUGGAGAGAGGGAUGGAUGGAGAGAGGGAUGGAUGGAUGGAUGGAUGGAGAGAGGGAUGGAUGGGUGGAUGGAGGUAUAGAUGGAUGAAUGCAGGAAGAAAGGGGUAGGGAGGGAUAAGGGUAUGGAAGGAUGGAUGAACAUACAGAAGGACAGACAGAUGGAUAAUUGGAGUAUGCAUCCAGAGGUGAGUCAUUUGGACAUCAAGACUUUCUGUAGGGAAAUAGUGGGACAAUGAUAUAAGGGAAUUACAUUUUCCAAAAAUCAGUUGGGGCAAAUUGUACAAAAUGGCAUGCAAACCAGUGGACAAUGCACUUAUAACAAAUCCCAGUAUGUACAUGCUUUAUGUGAUCCAUUAAAAAUUAAGAUAUAUAUACAGCAAAAAAAAUCAUUAUGAAAAUAAAUGUAGAAAGACAAUAUUUUCUUACGUUUCAUUGUUGUAUUAAGUUCUCCGGGGCUCAAGUAUUUGGUCUCUAAAUUCUGGUGGUUUCCUUUGAAUCAAAGUUUGCUUUCUAUCCUCUAGUGAGCUCUAUCCGUGCUCUGUGAUAAUAUCGUAUAUGUUAAUUAUAACUAUAGUCACUCAUAUCUAUAUAUGGAAAGUCAAAUGUCAAUUAUACUAAUGCCACUGCAUUUUCUUUCCCAGGAGUCAAGGGUGUCUCUCCGUAUCAAGCAUCAGGAUGCUCAGAUCAAGUUUGAUACUUCUACUACUUCUCAUUGCUCUGACAGGUAAGUCUUACAAGUAAAAAUAAAAAUCCCAUUCCCCCUAUAACAAAAUGAGAGACCAGACAAUAAAACCUCACUCUCCUGAAUUCGUUAACAUGUCUAAUAGUGGCAGGUUAGUCCAGCAGGUUAGCCCUCAGCAUUGGGAGGUAUGCGAUCAGGAUGGGUCGGUGGGCCUAUCUGGCUGGCCUCCAAUCUACAGGACCUUGCAGAGUGCUUCUGAAGAUCUCCGUGCAGGGACAUUGUGCUCAUUCACACCAGAACGCAUUUAAUGAUGCACUUGCCAUCAGCUGUGAUCACCAGAAAAUGAUAUCUCCAUAAUCAAGGAUGCUGAAGAUCUUUUUUUGCCCUCGACAGUUUCCCAAAAACAAUAGGAUGGCAUCUAUAGAUUUUGUUUUACAAUAAACACUACAAAAAGCUGCUAUUAUUAUGUUGCUUAGAGUGUCCCUUUAAUCUAUGAGUAAAUUAUAUAUUAAAUUAUAAACCCUGGUUUCUAGCCUCGCACAGAAGCCCACAGAUUCGGUGAGCCUUUGGUUCAUUUGUCCUAUUUUGCAUAUCCAUUUGUACCGUGUUGUCAACAUGUCUAGUGUGAUAUGAUGAUGACAGAAUUGGGCCGCCGUUCAUCCAGAAUAAGUGUAUGUAUGCUGUGGAGUGUCGUUAUUUUUUCCACUUGCACACUAUGAGAGCGGUGAGCAGAUCUGUCAUUCAGCUCACCGCUCGUGAACAUGCACACUGCACACAUGCACAGUGUCAAUUUCACAGCUUCUCAUAGAGAAUCAUUGACUUCAAAUAUUCAGAAUAUUGAGAAAUAUUUGAUUGUCAAAGCGUGGCAAGUGCCUAUGGGUCACAAUGCUUCUCUAUUAGAAGCUAAUAAUUGGACCAGACAAAUUGCCACAGGGAGACUUCAAACAUCUAAGGAAUACAAGUAAGUAAAUACAUAUAACAAUUAGGUUAAUGAAUCGAUUUAUUUUGUUUAAAUUCCAAUAUUUUGCAAGUAGUAUGUUGGCUCAUGUUUUAGUGAAUAAACAGCCUAAUCUUUUAUAUUGAGUUUUUAUUUAUUUAUUUUUAUACUUUAAUUUAACACAUGUUCCUUCUAACAGGUUGCCAAGCUGACAAUUCCCGCAGUAGAUUCUGGGAUUAUUUCAGUCAACUGACCAGUGAGAAGCAUCGAUGGGACAUACAGAAUAAUGCAGUACGAGAUGGCAGGUAAGAUAAAAAAAUAAAUUUUACGCAUAAAUAUUAAAGAUUUUGUCUGAUUUUCAUAGUGCUUAUUCAGUUACAUACUGCAGUAGCAACAUCAUUCAUUACUUAGAAUAAAUGGGUUGGCAGACUAGACAGUAGGUGAUAAAAAUAUUUUAAAGUAUACAGAGGACCCCAGGAUCACUAUACCCAACAGAGAGCCUGAUCAUAACCCUCCGGCCCCUCACCUCAAUGGAAGGGUAGAAAUGUUAAGGGUAGAUGCUGUCACCUCCCCUGUCCACCUUCAUUAAAUAUGCACCUUAAUUUCCCAUGUACACUUCAGGUAAAACUCCAUCUUCUAGACUUCACCACCACAGGUUGCUAGGUAUAGCAUUCAUUGUCGCACUUUUAAUUGUUAAAAUGUUUUAAAUUUUAUGUAUAUUUUUUGUUUUGUUUUCUUUUAUUACCUAUAGCGGUCUGAAGGGCAGCAUUCAAAAUGGAGUUAAUUAUGUGGGCAACUUUUUGGGGCCAUUGAAAAGUGGCUUACAGAAGCGACUGUAUGAGGACUCUGACGGGCUGCGCAGGUUGAUCAACAGGGAGAUACAGGAGCUCCGUAGGAAGUUAUACCCAUAUAUGGAUGUAGCACACCAAAAGAUCAGCAGUAACCUUGAUCAGUUACGGAGUCGUCUGCUGCCCUACACUCAAGAGCUGAAAGAGCAAGUGGAAUGGGGUGCCCAAGAACUCCAUGUACAGCUUGGACCAUACAGAGAUGGUAGCAAGAUGGAAGCUUUACACAGACUGGGGGAAAACCUUGAGAACCGUAUAGUCCUGCACACAGGCAGGGUCGGGCAAGUUUUCUACCCACUGGCUGAUCGCUUGUUAUUAGAGAUCCAUCAUGCAGUAGAAGAGUUACAUGGAAACCUAGCUCCUCAUGCUCAAACAUCUCAGGAGAUAUUGAGUCAGCAAGUGCAGGAUCUAUCUCGGAAACUGACUCGGAAUGCAAAGGAUCUUCAUGAGAAGAUCCAGAAGAAUCUAAAUGAGUUGAAGGAGCAGUUGGUGUCCUAUCCAAAAGAACUGAAGCAAAAAUUUCCCCAGGGCCAAGAAGCAGCACUUGAACCUGUAGCACCCUAUAUGGAAGAAAUGGCGGCUCAGGUCCAGAGAGAGGUAGAGGAAUUCCACAAGAACACUCAAAAACAGAUUGAAGACUUCACCCGUGUCAUUAAUAUGGAAACUGAAGAACUGCAACACAAAUUGUCUCCUGCCUCAUGGGACUUUCAGGACAGUGUUAGUUCAGUUGAAGAUGUGCAGGAGAAAUUAGACUCCUUGUGGAAGGACAUAUCCCAAAGUCUCAACUAGAUACUAAUAAAUAGACUUGAGAAAACAGAUGAUGCAUUACAACAAAAAAUGUCCACAUUACUUUCUGAAGUGGAUCACAAAGAGGUGUGAAAAUGAAGGACUGCACCUUAAUUUAAAAAUAUUACUUACGAGCCAAGCUUCAUAACUUUCUAAUUUAGAAAAUGAGUACCCAUGUGUUUUACUAAGAAACAGGUGAUAUUAUUUUAAAUGUAUCCUUUCUUUUUUUAAGGAAGAUGUAUAUAGACCCCUUCCAUGGUUAGGGUAAUUAUAAUAAAAAUUAUAGUAAUAAGUAUAUCACAUGAAUGUGCAUGUUGAUAUCAAAUGUAAACGCACAAAGAUAUAAAUACAGCCGUGUAAUUAGGGAAAAGACUUUGCGAAUAAAUGUUGAGUUGGGAGGAUCAGCAUCAGAAGAUAGGAGAAGAAUAGAGCAACAAAGACAUAAUUCAUGGACUCUUAUCUCCUGAAGGAAGAGGGAGUGUCUGCAGAAGGGCAGUAAACUAAAUGAGGAAAAUGACAGUUGACAAAAGCCCAAGACAUGUUACAUUGGUGGCAAAAUAAACUUAUAAAAAUUCCUAAUUACAUAUUGUGUGAUAAGGUCAUCGGUGGCAUGAAAGCAAUGGGUACAACUAUGUCAAGAAUCUCGAGGUUCUUUUGUUUCUAUUAUGUUCAACCACAAUAAAGAUUCCAUCUUGACAUUUUCAGACAUAAUCUUUUUAUC